AUGUCCGAGGCUCAGACUGCCCCGGCGCUGAACGCCACGGUGAAGUUCGUGGCCAGCCCGGAGGGCACAGUGCUGGCGUAUGGGAGCCUGGUGCUCAUGGCGCUGCUGCCCAUCUUCUUCGGAGCCCUGCGCUCCAUCAGCUGCUCCAAGUCCAAGGAGCUCGGUGACAAUGAUACCGAUUCUGGGUUCAGAAAUGCAUCAGAAAUGCCAGAAAACAUCACCAGUCGUGAUGCGGCCCGGUUUCCCAUCAUCGCCAGCUGCACCUUGUUUGGCCUCUACCUCUUUUUCAAGGUGUUUUCUCAAGAGUACAUCAACAUGCUGCUGUCCAUCUACUUCUUCGUGAUGGGCGUCCUGGCUCUGUCUCACACUAUGAGUCCGCUGAUGUCCAGAAUCUUUCCAACGUCGAUUCCAAACAAACCGUUUCAGCUGCUCUUCACUCAGGGCUCUGGAGACGCCAAAGAGGAAAUUGUCAACUAUGAGAUGGACACCAAGAACCUGGUGUGUCUGGUGAUCAGCAGCGUGGUCGGAGUCUGGUACGUGCUCAAGAAGCACUGGAUAGCCAAUAACCUGUUUGGCCUGGCGUUCGCCCUGAACGGCGUGGAGCUGCUGCACCUGAACAACGUGAGCACCGGCUGCAUCCUGCUCUGGGGCCUGUUCGUCUACGACGUCUUCUGGGUGUUUGGGACCAACGUCAUGGUAACGGUCGCCAAGUCCUUCGAAGCACCAAUCAAACUGGUGUUUCCUCAGGACCUGCUGGAGAAAGGUCUCGGUGCCAGUAACUUCGCCAUGUUGGGUCUGGGAGACAUCGUGAUCCCUGGGAUCUUCAUCGCUCUGCUGCUGCGCUUCGACGUCAGCCUGAAGAAGAACAGCAGGACGUAUUUCUACACCAGCUUCCUGGCCUACAUCUUUGGACUGGGCCUCACAAUCUUCGUCAUGCACACCUUUAAACACGCACAGCCCGCUCUGCUAUACCUGGUCCCGGCCUGCGUCGGCUUCCCCGUCAUCGUAGCUCUGAUCAAAGGAGAGUUCACGGAGAUGUUCAAGUACGCGAAGACGCCACCGGAGGAGGAGGCGGCGGCGGCAAAUGGCGACUUUUCAGAGUCAGAGAAGGACCAAUAA